AGGUUAUUUUAAACAAAAAAACGCGGCUAAUAAUACGUAUAAACCUCUUUCUGUUGCUUGGGAAAAUAUCUGCCAAUUAAUCAAUUUUUCUUUUCGUUUUAAUUUGUUUUUUUGUUCUCUCUGUUUCUUCGGCUGAGAGACGAAUAUGGCUGAGGAACAGAAGAUAGCGUUAAACUCAGAAUCUCCGGCGAAGGUCCCGGCUCCAGCUCCCGCAGGGCUUCCGGCUCCAACUCCCGCAGAGAUUCCGGCUCCAGCUCCGGCUCCGGCUCCGGCUCCGGCUGAUGUCACGAAAGAUGUUGGAGAGGAGCAAAUUCAAAACCCACCUCCGGAGCAAAUUUCCGAUGACUCCAAAGCCCUUGCUGUUGUCGAGAAACCUGUAGAAGAGCCUGCACCGGUGAAAUCUUCGUCUGCUUCGCUCGAUAGAGAUGUUAAGCUAGCUGAUUUGUCAAAGGAGAAGAGAUUGUCUUUUGUCAGAGCGUGGGAAGAGAGCGAAAAGAGCAAAGCAGAGAACAAAGCUGAGAAGAAGAUUGCUGAUGUUCAUGCUUGGGAAAACAGCAAGAAAGCAGCUGUUGAAGCGCAACUCAAGAAAAUCGAGGAGCAACUAGAGAAGAAGAAAGCAGAGUAUGCUGAGAGGAUGAAGAACAAAGUUGCAGCCAUUCACAAGGAAGCAGAAGAGAGAAGAGCAAUGAUUGAAGCUAAGCGUGGAGAAGACAUUCUUAAAGCAGAAGAAACGGCUGCUAAAUACAGAGCCACUGGAAUUGUUCCAAAGGCAACUUGUGGAUGUUUCUAAUCUUGAAUUUGCAAAUCAAAUUUUCAAGACUUUGUAACUGUAAAGUGUAAACAAAUUUCUCUGUUCUCUUCAAUGGCUUGUAAUGUUGUUUGUAUAUUGAUUUUGUGUGCAACAAUCAGAGUGAAAAAUAUGUUCAUUGAUUAUGUUCUGCAA